GUUGACCUGAAGCUUAUCACUCAACGCCAGAGGCUCACUCGUAACAACAUCAAUAUUGUCUGAGUUCAACCUGAUUCGCAAUCAUGGAUCCUAAAACUGGUGCAUUUCACCAUGAUAACAUGGCUGUGCCAGACACUUCCAGAGUUCUUCCACUAUUCUCUCUCAAAGGCCGCACAGCUAUUGUCUCUGGCGCUGGUGCAGGUAUUGGUCUAGCCAUUGCUCAAGGGCUGGCAGAGGCUGGCGCCAAUGUGGCUAUCUGGUACAACAGCAACAAGCAAGCACUGAAAGAAGCUGAGAAGAUAGAAAAGGACUACGGUGUCAAGUGCCGAGCAUACCAAGUCAAUGUUAUCUCACCCGAAGCAGUUGACAAGGCCAUCAACGACAUUAUCUCCGAUUUCAAUGGUCGUCUAGACGUGUUUGUGGCCAAUUCCGGUAUUGCCUGGGAAGACGGGCCCUUCAUCGACGGGCCUACUGAAAGAGCUCGCCGUGUUAUGGAGGUCAACGUUGACGGUGUCAUGUGGUGCGCCAAGAGUGCAGGAGCACAUUUCCGAAGACAGAAGAAAGAGGGCACAACGUUGGAUGGAAAGAAAUUGACAAAUUUUGUGGCGGGCAGCUUCAUUGCUACAGCAUCUAUGAGUGGAAGCAUCGUCAACAUCCCUCAAUUGCAGGCAGUAUACAACGCUUCGAAGGCAGCUGUAAUCCACUUCUGUAAAUCUCUGGCUGUGGAAUGGACAGGCUUUGCUCGUGUCAACACUGUAUCACCUGGAUAUAUCAAGACCGAGAUCACAGAUUUCAUCAGCGAGGACGUCAAGAACAUUUUCAAGGAAAAGACAGUUGCUGGACGUCAAGGCGAAACUGGAGAGCUCAAGGGAGCUUAUCUGUACCUGGCUAGUGAUGCCUCAUCCUUUACAACUGGUCAUGACCUGGUCGUUGAUGGUGGUUACUGUGUUCCUUAAAGAUGGCUCCAAAAUGUUCGCAGUUGAGCAUUCAUGCCAUGUCAUGUUUGGGUAACAAAACUAGCUGCCUACCUAUGCAUUGGCACAAGGGAGUUUGGAGAACAGAUAUCAAAG